UCUACUACAUUUCGUGUACGUUCUACUACGUGACAUUGUAUGAAAUUGUGUUCGUGUGUGACUUGAGAGUGAAAUUCCAAUUUCUUCAUUAAAUAAGUAUUCUUUUUAUUAUUAUUCAAUAAAUUGCUGUGAAAAUGUCUGCCAUGGGACCCGAAUACGAUUAUCUGUUUAAAUUGUUACUGAUUGGUGAUUCAGGCGUCGGCAAGUCCUGUUUACUGCUGAGAUUUGCUGAUGACACAUACACAGAGAGCUACAUCAGUACCAUUGGCGUGGAUUUCAAAAUUAGAACCAUUGAAUUGGACGACAAGACAAUUAAAUUGCAAAUUUGGGAUACUGCUGGUCAGGAACGUUUCCGUACCAUUACAUCAUCGUAUUAUCGUGGCGCCCAUGGUAUUAUUGUAGUAUACGAUUGCACGGAUCAGGAAUCAUUCAAUAAUGUCAAGCAAUGGUUGGAAGAAAUCGAACGUUAUGCAUGCGAAAACGUUAAUAAAUUGCUGGUUGGUAAUAAAUGCGAUCUUACAACGAAAAAGGUCGUCGAUCACACAACUGCUAUGGAAUAUGCCAACCAAUUAGGCAUUCCAUUCCUCGAAACUUCAGCCAAAAAUGCUACCAAUGUUGAACAGGCAUUCAUGACUAUGGCUGCUGAAAUUAAAAAUCGAGUUGGUCCACCAUCGAGUGCAAUAGAACCAGCAAGCAAACUUAAAAUUGACCAAGGUCGUCCAAUCGAGAACAACAAAUCGGGAUGCUGUUGAAUGUGAGAAAAAAAACUAAUGGAAAGAAUUAAUUAAAUGAAAAAAGAGAAGAGAAAAAAAAUAUUAAAAUUUAAAAACAAAUUUCAAUUUAAUUCUUAAAACAGAAAAAAAAAACAGAAAAGGAAAUCCAUCCUUAUUAAGAGGGAGAGGAAAUUAUAAAACAAAACAAAAUUUCGGUUUUAUUUGUUCGGUUUUUUGGAGAUCUAAAAAGAAUGCAACACCACAACCACAAAAACAAAAUGUAUAAUUUUCCAAUUUUAUUUAAAAAAAAAAAACUUUUUUUCUUUCGUUUUUUUUAGAAUUACUUUUUAUUCGAUUUAUAGUGUAUAACCAUCUUAAAUGAAAAAAGAAAAAGGGAAAAAUAAAAAAUAAUUUAGUAAUUUUACCACGCUACACACAUUAUUUAACAAAAAUGAAACAAACAAAAAAUAAUUCAAACUGAACAUUAUCACAGUUUGACCCAUCAGAGUCGGAUGAAUUAAAAAAAAAAAAAAAACUUCUUUGUCGGACACAUGGAAACAUUUUUUUUAGCAAAAUAAAUUAAUUUGUUCACAAUUUAUUAAAUGAACAGUCGGAACAUUU